CACACCUGGUGUUAAUUAGUUGCUGUUUCCUAACACCUCUGCUCCUUGUGAGAGUUUUAUAGUAACCUUGACAAAAACAAUAUGCAUUUAGCAGGAAACUCCUAAAUAUCAACAAAGGUUAUAUUUAGAAACGGAAGGAGGCGACCCACGAUGUGUAGCAGUGUGCUUUGUACUCGAGGCAGGUUGGUCCUUUCCCAGACCGCUGGCCAUCAAGUAUUAGCUGCUCUCCGUGUCGGGAGAACCAGAACCUUCUCUGCUGCCAGCUCAGAUGAGCCUUACAUAGCUGCAUCACCCACAGACUCGGGCCCCAGGACCGUGUGGCCUGAUGAGAACAUGGGACCAUUCGGACCUCAGGACCAGCGCUUUCAGUUACCGGGUAACUCUGGGUUUGACUGCCACCUGAAGGGCAUGGAGGACCGGAAGACUACUCCAGUCCACAGGACGGUGCCCGAUGUGCUGACGGCCCCGAGCUGCACAGAGAGACACCAGUUCAUACUGGCCCAGUUUGUGAAUGAGUUCCAAGAAAACAUGGGUACUAUAGACACGAGAGUCCACAAAGCUGAGCAGUACUUUCAUCAGACGGACACAGAUUGCUCCAUAAGUUCCUGCCCUGAGCUGCUAAGGAAAGAUCUUGAGCUCAUGUUCCCCUCAGCACCAACCACAUCCAUCACAGUUGUGACUGUCACGCAGAGCAACAGUCUGCCUGAGGAGGCAGCAGAGCAGGACAGAGACCAGCUGCUCCACAAAUUUGUGAACGGAGCAAAGGAAAUGUGCUUCGCUCUGUGGACUGCAGGCUACUGGGCAGACUUCAUUGACCCAACGACAGGAGAAGCUUUCUUUGCAUCUCCAUCGAGUCCAAACAAACUGCAGACAGAGGAGGAACUAAGAGAUUUGGGCUUCCACAUUGAAGUGUCAGGCUCCUGCACAGUUAUUCGCCACAUCCUGAGAGGAACACCUUUAUUUGUGGGGACAGUUUUUACCAAUGCACCCGCUCACAGCGCUGCUAUCGCAAGACUACAAGGACUUUAAAAUGUACUCACUGAUGAGGAAUAGGCUUCUUUUUUUUUUUGUUUUUAGUAUUGCACAGAACUAAAUCCAAACCAUGCUUCUAUUUCUGGUUUGAUGGCGCUUGGAACUUGAAAUGUUAGUGUUGGCACGGACAAAGUUUGUUUUACUGUAACAAGGACUUGACUGAAACUUUAAUGUAGAACUGUGCCUGUCUGACGAGAGGUCAACCCGGCUUACCUGCACUACAUCCAGGGAGAAACACACACUCAGUGCAGCGGGAAGGGUUCUGACUACACAUUAAAGGCAUUUCAACAUGUGAUAUCUGCUGUUUGAAAAGUUUGUAGACAAUGUUAACACUUUAGAGAAUGACGACAUCUAUUUUAUGAUAUUAGAACCUUGAUUUUGAACUGGAAACCCAGAUAUAAAGUCAAUAACCUUUCA